AUGAACAAUAUUAUUUCUUUAGAAAGGAAUAAACCUCUUAAAUAUCCUUCAAACGAUGUUUCAAUGAAUUGGCCCUCAUUUUAAUCUUGCAAUGUCAGCCAUUACAAAUUGCAAUAAGGAACAGAUAGAAUCAUUUAACAUUCGAUAGGAAAAUACAGUGAUACUGAGAGUGAAAAGAAUGAAAUUCCUGAAAAUCUAGUAAAAUUAUCUGAAUUGCAAUAAAAUUGUAAACAAAAUGAUAAGGACAAAUAACUCUUGAGAAAUGAAAAUUUUUGGAUAGCAAAAUUUAUUGUUUCUGAUUUAAUAAAAUCAAUUUUACUAGUCCUAUCAUUUAUUUUACCAUCCAUUUAUUUUGAAGACUAUAAGUAAGAUCAUUAUAAUAAUAAAGAUAUAAAUCAACACAAUUAAAAGUGCCAAUUACUAUUUUGAUUUUCUCUUUUGAAAUUGUCUCACUUUUACUUAAACUAUACUCCUAGAGUCUAAAACAUCAGAUGAGGUAACUACCUGUUACAUAGAUUGUAAAUCUGAUAGUUUAUACAAUUUAUUCUACCAUAGAAAACUCAUUAGCAUAUGGGAUCUUGUCAAUUUACUUGUUUGUUGGAAAUUUUUAAGUAAUCAGAAUAUUUUGUAAAUUGCUUACUUUCUUGAAUUAUGAGUAUAUUAUUGCAUUUAUCAGUCAUAGAUAGUAACAAUAUUACAAAAUCCUAACCUGUAUCUAUUUUUCACUUCAUCUAUUUGGUAGUAUGUGGAGAGUAGAAUAUCAAGAGAGGAACUAGGAAUUCAUUUCAUAUUAAGAAGGUAUAUAUCGAGCAUUUUUCAUAUCAUUAUUGAAAAUUGAAGAAAUGGAGGUCGAAAAUGAAUAGUUAAUGAUAUUGAAUGUUACAUUUAAUGCAGGAUUGAUUUUAUACAUACUUAAGUGUCUAUUAAUGGGUACUAGUGAAAAAUCCAAACAUCAAUAAUUAUUAGACUCUUUCCGACUUUAUCUUCAAUCAAAGUUGAUAUGUUUCAGAUGUAAGCUGAUUAUAAUUCACUACUACAAAAUUUUUGAAAUUCUGGAGGAAGAUCAAACACUUUAAUAGGAGUCAAGAAUUAAUAAGGUCUCAAAUUAUUUGAAAUAGAAAUUAAUCAAACAAGAGUUAUCAAAAAUUAAAUUUUUAUCCUUGAGCACUUUAGAAUUAAUAAGUCAAAGUGGAACCUUGAUUUAGAGCUAGGCUUUAAAUGUAAUUAUCUCAUAAAUUAUAAAGAAAUUAAGUACAGAGAUCGAUGGGUUAUAUAUAAUCCUUAAUGGCAACAUUUAUGCCGAAUUUAUGGGAUUUCACAUUAAGUUAUUAAGCCAAAAAGUCAUAGAAUUAAGUUUGACUGAAAUCAUCAACAAUCAAUGGCAAGGGAGAGUGAAAUUAGAGCAAACCGAUUCCAAAGAGGUCCUGUAUUUUUUCAUUGAGAAACAAAGUCUUAUUAGUAUUCUAUAGCAAUCGAAAGAAAGGGUAUUAUUGCAAUAAUAAUAUAGGAAGUUUAUCAGAUGAUAAAAGAUGACAUAAUAUUUAACAAUGAUACAUCUAAGUUGAAUUUUAGAUGCUACUUUUGUGAUUCAUUUCAUCCUACCUUUAACUGUUCCUCUUUCAAUAUUAAGAGGAGAUUCAAUUAUGAUUAGAUUUAUCAGGAAAGAGACCCUCGAUAUAAUCGGAAGGUGACCAAGAAGUCAAGAUCUGCAAUAUUUUAGUAGGUAAGAUCAUAAAAUAGGAAUUAGAUUACCUACCAAGGCACGAGUAACAACAAUGUAUUUGAAUAGAGUUCUGAUAGUUUCGAAGCUUUCUCUGAUAACUCUAGUGAACACAUCAGCAGUGCCAAUAUUGGAGUGGAUCAACUCACUAAGCAACCGUCUACAAAAUAUAUAUAUAAGGAGAUUUUAUAGGCUGACAUUAUAUCGGAUAAGUUGACUGAACCUAUAAUCAGCAGCACUUUCUUGCGAAAUCUAACUAGUCCCGAUAAUAUCAUAAAACGAUCAAUAAUUGCUAGUAGUCCAUAAUAGCAGAAUUGUUUUUAGGAUCUUGAUUCAUUAUUUGAGAUCGAUAAAAUGGUAGAAUUCCAAGAUUAUAAAACCAAAUUCAAUAUAACAAACAUCAUAUUACUUCUCAAUAAGAAAAGAAAUUGA